AUGCGUGAGUUAGUGCAUAUUCAAGGCGGCCAGUGCGGCAACCAGAUCGGGGCGAAGUUCUGGGAGGUCAUCGCUGACGAACACGGUAUCGACCCCACCGGUACCUACCACGGAGAUUCCGAUCUCCAGUUGGAGCGCAUCAAUUUAUGGCUGGAAGAAGUGCAAUUGUUAGUACUCAAUUCUAAAUACUUAGUGAUGAUACUUGUACAGAAUCUAAAUUCGCGUUUAUCUGAUACAUAGACGAAAACGAAUGUAGUAUGGAAUAGUAUUCUCCAGUACCACUAUCUCCUUAUCCGGUACUCACGUAGAACAGUGUAGUUACCAUGAUCCCUCUAUGUGUAGUCGUUUUCAUCUUCUUGUUCAUCUCCUUCUAAUCUUUGUGUACUUCAACGAAGCCACUGGCGGCCGUUACGUGCCCCGCGCGGUCCUCAUGGACUUGGAGCCGGGUACCAUGGACUCCGUCCGUGCCGGUCCGUUCGGUCAGCUCUUCCGUCCCGAUAACUUCGUUUUCGGACAGACUGGUGCUGGUAACAAUUGGGCCAAGGGUCACUACACCGAGGGUGCCGAGCUGAUCGACUCCGUUCUGGACGUCGUCCGUAAGGAGGCUGAGGGCUGCGAUUGCCUUCAGGGCUUCCAGCUCGUCCACUCUCUCGGUGGCGGCACCGGUUCCGGUAUGGGAACGCUCUUGAUCUCCAAGAUCCGUGAGGAGUACCCGGACCGAAUCAUGAGCACCUAUUCCGUUAUCCCGUCCCCGAAGGUCUCCGACACCGUUGUCGAGCCCUACAACGCCGUGCUGUCCUUCCAUCAGCUCGUCGAGAACGCGGAUCAGGUCUUGAUGAUGGACAACGAGGCCCUCUACGAUAUCUGCUUCCGUACCCUGAAGCUGACCACCCCGACCUACGGUGACUUGAACCAUCUGGUCUCCGCCGCCAUGUCGGCCACCACCUGCUGCAUUCGCUUCCCGGGUCAGUUGAACUGCGAUCUUCGUAAAAUCGCCGUUAACAUGAUUCCGGUACUUUUUUGUCUUAGAUUUGUGUAAGAUCGCCGUCAACAUGAUUCCAGUACUUUUGUUCCGUUUUGAACAUGAUUCUGGUACUCUUUAGAAAUGUGAUUGAUUUUAGAGUAAAAGUAAACCAGGACCAGAAUUGUGAUCGGAGAAUACACUUAGAGGAGCCUUCAUUGUGACAUGAAACGGCUACAUUCAUCGACAUCAACCUGCUAGAAGAUCUAGUACCAUGUCAAGAAUUCUUUCAAAACCAUCCCACACGAAAAGUUCCGAUUCUAUCUCCCAAAACUCUCUCUCACACAAUCCAACUAACAUUUCUCAAAACCACAUCACAGUUCCCGCGUCUGCAUUUCUUCAUGACCGGAUUCUCUCCGUUGACUUCCCGUGGUUCCCAGCAGUACCGUGCCUUGACUGUUCCGGAGUUGACGCAGCAGAUGUUCGACGCCAAGAACAUGAUGUGCGCCGCCGAUCCGCGUCACGGACGUUACCUCACAGCUGCGGCUCUCUUCCGUGGACGCAUGUCCACCAAGGAAGUCGAUGAACAGAUGUUGAACUUACGGCAAGAUUUUCGACGAAGUGAUGGUUUAGAUAGUUCAGAUUUAGAUGGAGGCUGGAUGUGCGAACAUGCGUACACGUACGAGUGUACGAACAUACGUAAGUAGGUACUACUUUUACCUAGAAGAAGUGGUGCAACUACUAGAUUUUGUGAAGUAAUGCUCGCUGAAUAUAAAGGUGUCGUAAGUGGAUAAGUGUGGUCAUCCAAAGGGCUUCUUCUUCUAAUCCAUGUGCAGAACAAGAACUCUUCGUAUUUCGUUGAGUGGAUCCCGAACAACAUCAAGUCCUCCGUGUGCGACAUCCCGCCGAAGGGUUUGAAGAUGGCUGUCGGAUUCUUGGGUAACUCCACCGCUAUCCAGGAGAUGUUCAAGCGCGUCGCGGAGUACUUCACGGGCAUGUUCCGCCGCAAGGCAUUCUUGCACUGGUACACCGGUGAGGGUAUGGAUGAGAUGGAGUUCACCGAGGCCGAGUCCAACAUGAACGAUCUGGUCUCCGAGUACCAGCAGUACCAGGACGCCACCGCUGAGGAGGAGGGUGAAUUCGACGAGGAAGAGGGUGAAUAUGACAUGGAACCCAUGUAAAUCUGAAAAGAUUACUGGAUGAUGAGGGGGAUGUGGAACAAGGUGUGGUUCUGAGUUCUUUGUACUCGUAGUACUUUCACGCAAUGUUGUUCUUGAAGAUUUCGUUUGACAGAACUCCUAUAUCGUCCUAAAAAACAUAUGGUAGAAGUUCUUUUAAAUGUAGAUCUCCCCUUUUGUAGAUUUUCUUUUCCUUUUUCCAUUGCACACAUGUGACUUGGCUACUUUUUUAGAAAAAUUCAUACACGUGAAUCCUCUAGGCAAGUAGCUUUGUCUUUUCCAUUGUUGAUUGAGCUUGUGAAAAUUAUGUAAUUUGAGAAUACAUUGGGGUUGAUGAUCAUCUUCACAGUAAAAGAACACAAUAUUGAAGAAAAGAAGAAAAUACAUAAGAAAUGUCUCCGAACAAAACAAGAACUGUGAGAUCUAGGGCUUAUGGUUCAAAUUUUCUUGCACCAGCAGUCUGACGAAGAUGUCGACGCGGGCUUGGAAAUGAAAAAUAUACUGAGCAGUGACCUCUCCCUGCACCUCUUAAGCAGGUAGCAGGGUAUUAGCUAGAGCUAGGGGUCAAGUUCUAU